AUGAUCAUUUCAAUUGGAGCUUCGAUAGCAGUCUUCGAAUGUCUCUGUAGUCUGUCUUUACCAUUUGUGGAGCUCGAACUUGCAAUCGACACUUUGAAACCAGAGCCGCCUGCCGAUGGCGAGUGGACGAACAGACGUCUAGACUUGCGCUGUACAGCAGUUAAGAGAAAACAUGCGGGCUCCCAUUUCAUGCACAACCGUCGGCCUAAACGUGCACAGUUCGAGUCCCGCUUUCUGCGAGGCGGACCAAUGGGCACUUCUUUAUGCAUGGUACUUGCUUAA